CACGACAAGACGCGCGAGGUCACGUGCAACUGAUGCCUGACAAAACUCCGUUUAUUGGAUGAGUCUAUUAAGCCACCAGAAAGGUAAGAGAAGAACAAAUACCAGCCAGUAAAAAGCAAACUUCAGUAGCAACAUCUGUAUCUUUUGAAUCGUGAAUAUCAAUUCAUCAUGGAGACUACAAUUCGGUAUGGAGCUUGUGGAUCACGUGACUAUAUGUGAUAUCAUGACUAUCGAAACACCUCAGUGCCUCGGCAAGUUGGAUCUGAUACAAUUCAUCAAACACUCACAAGUGAAGAAUUGCAACAAUGGCAAGCACAGCAAAGGCAGUGGCCUUCUCGCCGGCUCCUUACCAUAUCAUCACCUAUGGAACUCUACUUGGAACGACUUUCUUCCAUACCUUCAUCAAUGGUAUCGUGAUAUUCAGGACGGUCGACCGCCCUAGCUUCUCUGCCAUCCAGCAGAAGCUCUUCCCCAUCUACUUCGGCCUCCAGACUGUCUUGCCCGGUGUCCUAGCUUUGACAUAUCCCGGAAACACACUAAUUGGCCUGUCAAAUGGCCCUGCUGGCUUGGUGUCGGAGUUUGCCCGCUGGCACUCCCUGCUACCUAUUAGCAUCAUGGCUUUGACUGGAGCUGUCAAUCUGCUCGUCUUCCUGCCUUUGACAGUCGAAGUCAUGAAGCAGCGACGUGGCCAAGUCAAGCGAGAUGGCAAGGAGUGGUAUGCUGAGGGACCUCAAAGUGAUCAAAUGAAGGCUCUGAACAAGAAGUUUGGCAUGCUCCACGGUAUCUCAUCCUUGUUCAACCUCAUCACUUUUGCAGCUGCUGUUGGUUACGGCUUCACUCUUGGUGGUCGUGUUCUGUCCGUUGCAGACCUUGCUUAAACAAUGCACU